AUGUUUGCCCCAGUCCUGGAACCCGUCCAUCUCACGCCAGCCGUCGUUCCCCUAGGCGUGGCGACCCUGUUGGCCUGGUUUCUCAUCCGAUCACUGCUGUCGUUUAGCAAGGUGCCAUCGGUGACGGUCGGAAUUCCCGUCCUGGGCAAUCUCAUUCAGUAUAGUAAAGACCCGGUAGAGUUCAUCGCCUCGGCUACCCGGCAGUAUGGACAAUGCUUCACGGUGCCCAUGCUGCUGGGCCGCACCGUCUGGCUGAGGAGUCCGCAGCUGAACAAGGAGUAUUUGGAAACGCGAGAGGAUGUGUGGUCGUUUGGCGACGGGAUGGGCUUUUUCCUGAACAAGAUCGUGGUGCCUGGCUACUUUGACCAUCUGCGCGCCUUCGUAGGGUCGCUCAGUCGAGGCAUUUCACGACAAGUUACCCUCGACCAUUAUGGUCAGGUUGCAGAGGAAGAGGCGGUCAAAUCUAUCGGCGACUGGUCACAGAUUGCCCAGCGUGGCGAGCCCAUGCCUCUGUUCGAAGAGGUGUCGUUUCUCGUGCAUAAGAUCAUCGUGCGCUGUCUGAUGGGGCCCGACUUUUACGACCACCACGUCACCGAGCUAUUUGACCUGCUGCAUUCGAUGGAGGCCAAUGUCGGCAGCAUUCUGCACACCAUCCUCCCGGGCUGGGUGCCCCAUACGCCAGCACGUCGACUGUGGGCGGCUCGCGAUCGCAUCCGCGAGAUUUUUGAGCUGCGUCUGCGCGAGCGCGAGAAAAAUCCAGAAGAGUGGCAGAACUCGCUGGAUUAUAUCUCGUAUACCCUCCGAGACCCCUCGACAGCGCAUCUCAGCAGGUUCUACGGUGCUCACCACACGCUACUGAUGUUCGCGGCACAUACCAGUACCGUAGCGAGUAUCUCCUGGACGAUUCUGGAGCUUCUCAAGUCACCGGAUCGACUGCGCACGCUGCGACAAGAGCUCGCAGUCAACCCGAGGGUCGAGCAAUCCGCGUUUCUAGACGCUCUUGUCAAAGAGACCGGUCGGCACUAUUCAGGAAACAGCGACGUCCGGUGGGCGCGCCAGAGUAAAACCCUUCGCAAUGUGUCAGACGCCGUAACCAUCCCGGCAGGCACGGUGGUCUCGAUCUCGCCGUACCUGACGCACCAUGAUCCCGAGGUGUGGACGAAUCCAGAGAGCUACACGCCGGAGAGAUGGAUGGAGCAGCCGGACCUGGCCCGAAAGAUGAAUGACGGGACUCAAUUGCGAUACAUCCCGUUCGGAGGUGGCAGUCACCGAUGUCCUGGAGAGAAGAUGGCGGUUAUGAUCUCCAAGUUGGUGGUGUCGACGGUGGUGCAGCAAUGCGAGCUGCACUGGGGGGAGGGAGGCGAGUCGCAGGACACGGCUACGUUGGACUUUUCGAAAGUGGGCAGUCCGUGGUUGAAGGGGGACGUGCAAGUGAAUAUUCGGAGGAUUUGA